AUGGACGAUGGUAACUUUGUCAUCUACGGCUGGAAGCCUGUGCGAGCUUCAGACACUUCUGGAACAGAUGUUUUCUGUCUGCUCAUGGAAGAAGACUGCAACCUGGUCAUGUACAACAAGGUUGUGCAAUCCAGAAUCAUGAGCAGGAACUUCCUGUCCAAAGAUCAGGAGCUCCGCAGGGGAGACUAUCUGAUGUCCAACAACAAGGAGUGGAAGCUUAUUUUCCAGGACGAUGGUAACUUUGUCAUCUACGGCUGGAAGCCUGUGUGGGCUUCAGACACUUAUGGAUCAGACGCUGUCCGCCUGGUCAUGCAGGAAGACUGCAACCUGGUCAUGUACAACAAGGAUGGGCAUCCCAGUUGGCACACAAACACACAUGUGAAUGGUGAUUUCAGGAGCCGUCUUCACCUGACCGAUGAUGGCAAACUGUUGGUGUUCAAUGAAGGGGAAGAACUUUGGAGCUCUGCUAACUCCACAGGCAUGAAAUGAAGUCAUGACAUUGCAAGCCUUUUUAAACUAAAAUGCUCGGCAAGUAAAAGUCGUGUUUGGAUGUCAGUGUGAAUUACAGUAAACCUGACUGUCAUGUAACCUGAAAUCAAAUAAAAACACAUGCUAACAAUGUAUAAA